GUUAUAGUACUUUCUAUGUAAUCGCGUGGACUUCAAUUUCAUAAGUUCAAAUGUGAAUGCAAUUAAUUUAUUAUGUGAAAAUGUGUAAUAAAAGAGUGUAAAUAAUUUGUAAAGUAUACUUUUUAAGUAAUAUAAAGAACACUACAUCAAUGUCAUAAAGAUUGUGCAUUUAAAUGUAUUAAAUUAUUUAUACUAGAAUUUUGUAUGAAUUUUAUAUUAACAUGUCGACAAUGUGUAGAAAAUUGUGUUCCGCUAUCUUAUUGGAACACUUUGGACAAAUUGUUCAGACUGUAGGUGAAGAUUUAAUUAAAUAUGGUACAAAACCAUUAAGUUUAAUUCGUCACACAACUCAUCUUCCUUUAGCAAAGAUAAAAGAAGCAUUAUGUGUUUUAAUAAAAUAUGAUAUUGUCACUCCUCGACAAACUGAUAGAGGAAUGGAAUAUUCAUUAAUUUAUGAAAGAGUCAUAAUGAUCCUUAGAUAUUCAAGGUAUAUGUUUUUUGUAAAAACAGUUUGUGGGGAUGAAGCAGAAAUGAUGUUAGAAGAAGUAUUAAAAAAUGGGUACAUUACGGCUUCUGAAGUAAUUGUGAAAACAUAUAAAAGAAUUGAACAAUCACCUUCCAACUUGCAAGGAUCAGUUCCAGUGUUAAAGGAAAAGUUUGAAUUGCUAGUUAAAAAUCAGUUUUUAAUGAGGAGUUUCUACUCAGAAAUACCUGAGGAAUCAACCAAUGAGAAACCAGAUUUUAAUAUGCCAGAUCUUAAGUUGUCUGUAAUUAGUAAACAAAUUGAUGGAGGCACUGGAGAUCCUGGGGACAAUAAAAUUUAUUGGAAAGUCAAUUUUGAUCGUUUUACACAGGACUUUAGGGAUCAAAUUAUUAUAUCAGCUAUGCGUAAUAGACUGGACGAAAAUGCAGCAGAGUUGAUGAGACAACUAUUGUUUCUUAUGUAUUUACGAACAGCUUCGUGGGCAGAUACUUCCAAUCCAAUACCUCUUACAGAGAUAAAAGAGGCAGUUAGAAAGAUUAAUUAUCCGCUACUCACUCAACAUCUUGAUCAAUAUUUACGUCUCAUUGAGAAAGAUACUAGUCAAUUUUUAAAGCGAGUUGGUGAUUCUGGAGGGGGCCAAUAUAGCGUUAAUAUGAAGGAAGCUUUCAAUCAAUUAGCAUGGGCUACACUAGAGAAUAUUGUAAUGGAGAGAUUUGGUUCAAAAGCAGCUAGAAUUUUUAGGUUAGUGCGCGAUAGGAAGUUUAUUGAGAUUGAACAAAUUCAACAAUUAGCCAUGAUUCCAGCGAAAGAGGCGAAACAUUUAACAUACACACUGCUGCAAGAAAAUUACUUGCAGAUGCAGGAAAUAAGAAAGCCCGGAGUAUCGGCUGCGAUAAUGAAAAUGUUUUUCUUGUUUCACAUUGAUUUAAAUCUAGUCGUUCGUAUGGAGGUGGAACAUUGUUACCAUGCAUUGUACAAUACUAUGCGCAGACGGGAGUAUGAGAUGACCAGUAAUAAGCGAAUGAUAGACAAACAAUUACGAAUGCAAACUUUAACAAGUAAUUUAAAGGAACAUGGUGCUACUGAAGAACAAUUGGCGGAGAUCGCCGAACUUAUGACGCCGUCUGAAAAACAGCAGCUGGAAAAGGUUCAAAAUACAAUUAAGAAACUGGGCGUGACUGAAUUACAAAUAGACGAUACUCUUUUUCUACUAACAAUGUAUUUACAUUAUCAUUGA